AACAUAUACCUUAACUCAAGGUUGUGUACACCUGUGUGACGUCACGCCAGCCUUGCGCGGAGAUACACCCGGACUCUAACAUUAUAUCCUGCUCAACAUGGCCUGUGGGAGUGUACGUUGUCUUUUAUUCAUGGCCGUAUGCUUUGUAGGCAUAGCCUACAUUCUAUACACGCCUUUCCCAGAGGAUGCCGUAGAGCCUCAUAUACAGAUGGGCAUAUCUCUUGUGGUUGCUGCAAUUUUCAAAAUGUGCGAUUUUCAGGAGUAUAUUGGGUAUAAAACAUUUCCCGAAUGUGCCAGGGAUCCAUUCAACAUCAACUCUUUCUUGAACAUCGGAGUAUCGGAUGACAAUGUCCAGGUGAGUGAAGAAUUGUUUGACGGUGUUAAAGUGAGGCUAUAUGUACCACGUGAUCAAACCGUAAAAAGCCCUCUACCGGGGAUAAUUUACUUACAUGGAGGCGGCUGGAUCAUUGGAUCAACAGACAUGUAUGAUGAACUAACCAGGAAUCUUGCCACGUCCCUUUCGGCAGUCGUCGCCUCUGUUGAUUACCGAUUGGCCCCAGAAUACCCCUUUCCUGUACCGUUUGAAGACUGCUUAAAAGCCACGAAAUAUUUCAUGGUCAACGCCGAGAAAUUCGGGGUGGAUGCCAGUCGGAUCGCUGUGUCAGGCGAUAGUGCAGGAGGAAACCUGGCGAUGGCUGUUGGAACUAAGCUGACUAAGGAAGGACAACCCCCUCGACUGCUUGGGCUGAUAUACCCAGCUCUACAGAUGCUGGAUUUCAACACUCCAUCAUACGUUACGUAUCAGUCGAUUCCAUUUGUACUGCAGAAAAAAAGAAUGGUCAGCUUUUAUAUAACGUAUGCAUUUGGCAACGAAAAUGGCAUAGAGAAAUACUUGGAGAACAGACAUGUAUCUGAAACCCUGCGGCGUGCAAUGGAGACUAAAGUAAGUAUAGAUUUGCUACCUGAAAAAUACCAAAAGCUCCAUGUUGAAACCAAUACAGCUGUGGACACAAAUCUGGCACUGAAAGUCGAGAAAACAAUGAACAAUAUAUAUCUAUGUCCUCUUCUGCUUGAUGACGAUGAACUGUAUGCAUUACCCAAAACCUACUUGUUGACUUGUGAAUAUGACCCCUUGCGAGAUGACGGUCUCAUGCUAGCAAGAAGAUGGAAAGAUAUGUACUUCCCUGUGACACACGUACACUGGGAUGGUGUACAGCACGGCUUCUUCAGUGGAGGGAAUUCCAACUGUACAAAGGAAGCUGUUGACGACUUUAUAAAAUACCUCAGGGCGGAAUUGUAAAUUUACAUAGUUUUAAUUUGUUAUGAGUUUAUUCUCAUUUUGUAUGACGUGGUUUUUUUCGCAUGAAAAGGAUACAUGUAAGUGAGGUAAUGUUGUUGUUCGUGGUAUAUCACGCUGUAAAUACUCAACAUUUACGUCAGACCCGGGAAUAACUUGUUUUAUGAGUGUGCUUCAUAUGUUGUUCGUGGCAGAUAAUACUCUAAUCACUGAAAAUUACGUCAUUUCCUGUAAAACGUAGAUUUGUGAUUCUACAGAUGACAUAUUCUCGAAGAUUUGAUUAGAAAAAUGAAUUGACAUAAGCAUUUACACCUUGGUCUGUAUUCAUAAAACCGUUCUCAUGUUCAAGUAUAGAGUCUGUGCUCAAACCAUUUCUUUCCCGUUGUUUAAAGCAUAUGGCACUGUCAAAAUGUCAGGGGUAAACACUGCCUAAAAUAUUGACAAGUUUGAUUUCUAUUAGUUCAUCACAGGGACAAGAAAGUGGUAUUGAGCGCAGAAUCUGAGAUUGAGUACAAUACCGGUUAUCACAAAUACGGGCCCUGGAUAGGAUGUGUACUUAAAAUUCAGAGGUUCUAGCACACAAAAUAUCGUUAAAUAUGAUAGUAAUUUUGAAAUAAAUAAAAUAAAUAACAUACGAUUUUAACUUCGUGUAAUAUAAAUUGUUGAAAGAUUUACUACUGAUUUUCUGUGAUGGCUCGCUUUGCAUUUUUAUUACAUCAAUGAAUAUGUCAAUGGAUCUACGUUAGCAUAUAGGAAAAUCAAUAAAAUCUACAAAAAG